AUGAAGAAGCUUCGUGAUCAAUUUUACCCACCCUCGCUUCAGAGAAAUAAAGAGAAUGAAUUCUUGUUUCUGAGGCAGGGAACUAUGUCAGUCAUCGAAUACGUAAGUAAGUUCAGAAAGUUGGCUAGAUUCGCUACCGAAAUAGUGAUCUCUGAUAGGGGCAAAGCGAUUAGAUUUUUUGAGGGUCUGAACCUCAGAAUCCAAAAAGGCACUCCUAGAUACCAAGACUUUGAUGAUUUGUACAAUCAAGCCUUGGAGUACGAGCGUAUUUUGGAAAAACAAGACGGGUUUAAUAAAAGAAAGAAUGAAUCUAGUGGGGGCGGUGGAUACAAGAAGGCCAAUAAUGAGGGGAAGAAGCCGUUUCAGACUAUAGCAAGGCCAACACAGUGGAAAUGUAGGUUAUGUGGAAAAGAUCAUCGAGGCCGAAACUGUAAUGGGAAGAUUGUGUGUUACAAGUGUCACAAGGAGGGACAUCUGGCUAAUAACUGUAGGGAAACGUUCAAUCAGAGCAAAACAACAUCGGAAGCUGCAGGUAACAGAGCAUUUGGCAAUCAGAGGAAUGAGACUAGAGCAUCAGUAAGCUUACACCAGGAAUACGGGCACUAUGAGUUUCUAGUAAUGCAAUUCGGUCUAACGAAUGCUCUAGCAGCAUACAUGGAUCUCAUGCAAAGAUACUUCAACCCUUACCCGAAUAAGUUUGUAGUUGUGUUUAUUGAUGAUAUAUUGGUGUAUUCGAAGAAUAAAGAGCAACAUAAGAAGCACUUAAGGAUAGUUUUGGAGAAAUUGAGAAAGGAAAAACUUUAUGGCAAGUUUGGUAAAUGUGAAUUUUUGUUAGAAAAGAUAUCUUUCUUAGGGCACGUUGUUUCGAAGGAUGGAAUUUCUAUUGACCCUGAAAAGAUUAGGGUAGUGAUGGAGUGGCCCAAUCCAAAGAGUGUUACUGAAUGGUUCAUGGGAGCAGAAAUUGCCUUUGAUAGAGUUUUCAUACAACAACAGCUAUCAAACCAACAUCAAAAUGGCACCAAACGAAGCCUUAUACGGGAGAAAAUCUCGAGUGUCGUUGUGUUGGGAUCAGAUGGAAUGAAAUGUGCCUGA